CCCUUUCGUCAAACCCUAUCUAUCUCCAAGACUCAAAACCUCCCAGUUUUCCCAGGGUCAAUCUUUGGAGGAAGGAAGGAAAGAAGGAAGGAAGGGACUCUCUCUUUUCUUCGGAGUCGUCAAGCUCUUUCCUAUUCGAUCUCGGCUUUCCUGAUAUGUCCCCCUUCAAAGAAGAUUCAUCCCCAAGUCUCACCUGAUCUCCCUAUAUAAAUCCCCCUCACACCCCCACCAAAACACCUCCCCGUGAGUUUCACCCCCCAGAAACCCCAAUCUUUCCGUCUACGUGACCGCCGUGAUCUGCCUUACACCUCCCCCCUGUCCCUCUUCUCGACAGCUAUGGAACACGCCACCGACGAUCGGUCUUUUGGGGCCACCGCGUUCGCUGCUCCGGCGCGCUCCGUCUUCGCGGGCCUCGGCUUCCCAGAUCCUGGCACUUCGUCGCGAAACCCUCCUCCUCUCGGAAGCCACUGUGAUGCUCAGUCGCUCGAGGAUGGCUUUCGUAGCCUCCGUCUCUCGCCCCCGAAUCGGCAAUCUCCGCAUUCGGGAUUCGCUGGUGAUGUUCUUGGUGCGUACCCACGUGCGUCCCCUACUGAUGUUUCCGGCGUCGGUGUUUCUAGGACUGAUGGUUAUGAUGUGAGUCGUCAGAGCGCAGAUUCGAUUGGCUCUGGCCAGAAUAUUUUUAGGUUCAACUAUGGUCCUUCUGUAAACGUUAAGUCUUUGAGCAAUCACUCUCCUGCGUUGCUCGGUAAUGGCUGGAUUCAGACCGAUCCCAAUGUGUUUGCCAUGGCUGGUUCCAGGGAGAGACUGUCUGUCGAGAAUCUCCCAUUUCUGCCUGCCUUGGGUGGAGCCGGUUCUUGUAAUUAUAACUCGAGAUUCUCGAGGCCGAAUGUGAGUAAUAGCCGGCUUUUCGAGGCACACAGGACCCCGGUUUCCUCAGCAGCGAUGCACAACUUGCGCCGAAACGUACUGUUGUCCACUAGGAAUGGUUCUCGUUCGUUGCUGAGGACUAGGGAACCUCUCGACAAGGAGAAAGUAGCUAGGAUUUUCGAUCAGGUAAUCGACCGUGUAGGUGACUUUAUGAUUCAUCAGACUUGGAACCAUGUGAUACAGAAUCUUGUGGAGGUCUGCAACGAAGAGCAGAGGACUCGGAUCCUGGAGAAGGUGACCCUUCAGGAACCCCUACUAGUCAGGAUUUGUCUGGACUCGUAUGGAAUCCACGCGGUGAAGAAACUACUGGACCAUGUUACAACGCCAUAUCAGAUGGCCCUGGUCGUAUCGGCUUUGUUGCCCGGCGUGGUCUCGCUGGCUCUGGAGAGGAAUGGUGUGAUUGAGCAUUGCUUGCAGAACUUCCCUCAUGAAUAUACAGAGCCCCUUUUGGUGGUGAUGGCGAAUAAUUGCUACGACAUUGCAACCAAUCAAAACGGGUGUUGCACACUGCAAGCUUGCAUCAACUAUUCCGACGGAGCGAGCCGAGAGCACCUCUUGGCCGAGCUAACAUCAUAUUCCCUGCAAUUAGCUCAAGACGAAUACGGGUUCGUUUCCGCUUUAGUUGUCUUCGGUCUUUCAUUUCAUGAAUGUGAAGGUUCUUCAAACAUUUGUUUUUUUCUUUGCUUCAGCAACUAUGUGGUGCAGAGUUUACUGAGUUUGAUGAUGCCGGGCGUUACGAACAAGGUUCUAGAAGUGCUUCGAGGUAGUUUUCUCCCUUUGUCGACUAACAAGUAUGCUUCUCAUGUGGUCGAGAAAUGCUUCAAUACCCUCGAGGAAGCGCAGUCCAGACAUAUUGCGUUGGAGUUGACGACGAGCUCGAGUUGCCCAAAACUUUUCACCAAUAAAUUCGGAAACUAUGUCGCCCAAAAGUUGCUGGAAGUAGCGCACCAGGUUAGAUCCGGUGCACAAUUUUACUCUUCAAACCUUCUUUCUUUUCUCAUUAUGCAUGCUAAUGCUUGAAGCUCGUCGUGCUUAUUAUUCCAUGCUUAGUUUUGGGGGCUGAUU